AUUCCUGUACUGGAUGCUUUCCCUACAUGGUCACUGAAAACAGGCAGACGUCCUGCCUACAUCCUCAGGUAUCUCAGGCUUACUCUAUGGUUGUACAUCACAAGCAACACAGGAGCGCCACAGGGGUGUGUACUCUCGGCACUGUUCUACUCCCUCUAUACUUCAAACUGGGUGGCCAUCCAUGGCUCCAAUACGUUUGUGAAGUUUGCUGACGACACAGUGGUGUCGGGCGCCAUCUCCAACAAUGAUGAGGUGGCCUACAUGGAUGAAGUGAAGAAUCUGGCAUUGUGGUGCCAGGAAAACCACCUCCAGCUGAACGUCUGCAAGACCAAGGAGCUCAUGGUUGACUUCAGAAGGAGUAUGCACAGAGACUACAAGCCCUUCAAGUACCUCGGUGUCCACAUCUCCUCAGAUCUGACAUGGUCUGCCCACAUUCAGGUCCAGUCCAAAAAGGCUAGGCAGCGCCUGUACCACCUAAGACAACUGAGGAAGUUCAGGGUCUAUCCAGGGAUCCUAAGAAUUUUCUUUACAGGCGCUGUGGAGCACAUCCUCACACAGAACAUCACAUCCUGGUAUGGGAAUAGCUGUGCCAAGGACAAAAGAGCUCUUUGGAGAGUGAUCCAUACAGCAGAACACUGAUGCAGGACUGGUAUCCCCUCCCUACAGGACAUUUAUACCAGGGGAUGCUGGUCCAGAGCAGUUGAGAUAUUGAAGGACCUGUCGUCCCCCCCCCCCCAGCAAUAAACUGUUCCAACUUCUGCAAUCAGGCAGAAGGUUCUGCACCAUCCAGGCAAGAGCAGAGAGGCUCAAGAGGAGCUACACCCUCAGGCCAUCGAUGUGUUAAAUCAGAACCCCAUGUGACAUAUAAGAGAUCUUGAAUCUUGAAUCUUCCAAAUAAAAUAUUUACAGAACUUCUCAUAGUGUUCAGCAGAAGUAGUCCAAGCCACCCGAGUCCGAGCUCAGGUGGCACAUGCCACAUUCUCAGGGACAGGAGGGUGUGGCGUCUUGUGCCAGCCUGAGGGUCCUAGGUCACUAAUGGGUCUCCAGCUCCUCUACAUCAAGACUCCAGAGGUGUUCUGUCAUCUAAGCAUCCUCAUCACUGUUGUCUGCUCUUAGUCAAGCCACCAGUGGUGUUACACCACCUCCAGCGACUUCAGCCUCCUCCUGUCUGUCCUCAUGUGGGGUCCCAUUUCCCAUCCCAACUUCAUCAGCAGGAGCCAACUGAUCAUCUUCUUUGUCACCAGCCGCCAGCCAAACAUCCUUAGGUACUCCAUCUUCACUGCCGCGGACUGACUUUUCACCAUCCUGAGACGCUCCGUCUUCAUCUCUGGGCUUGUGGCCUGGCUGUUAAAAAUGUGGAUGGAUUGAUGAAUGGAUCAGAAAUGCAUGUAUAUAAUAUAUGAAAUUCCCUCCAUAUUUAUAAUAGAAAUAGAUUAGAGUCAUGUGUUCUUUUACACUGUUUUCAGGUCCGUUUGCUGUGUGGAAACAGUGGCAUUAUGCGUGGAGAGGAGAACUAUCUGGAACAUCAACUUAUCUUUCAGAAUAAAAGCAUUUCAUUUCUAUUAGAAGUAGUAUCCUGCUGGUUAGAUGAGUUUCACUCCCAGGGUUAGGUCUGCAGGGAAAAGAUUUUUUUUACUCUGAAAAAUGCUGACAGGAUGUCUUCAGUUUGUUAAUGCCUCACCUACUUAACUGAUGAAAACAUGCCCUGCAGGUUACAUUUGCCAGAAAGCUUAAAGGAAUGCCAAAGCAAACAACAGAAAAAUAGAUUUAGUUUACCAAGACCCCAGGUGCAGUAAUGGACAGACUAACCAGCAUACCCUCGUGAAAGGAAACUUGUCUACACAUUAUUAAAUAUUAUUCAUUAUUAUUUUAUGAUACCACAGGUGUCUGUCAGACAUUUUAGCAGCUCUCACACACUUUAAUUUUAUUAUAUUUGAGAUUUGAUUACUGUAAAUAAUGUGGUUUCUAAAACGAGGCUGGCGGCUACGAUUAUUGCAGUUCAUAGCUGUACUGGGAUCACUAUGGAUGCUUUUCCUACUUAGUCAACUGAAAACAGGCAGAAGUGCUGCCUACAUCCUCAGGUAUCAAUGGCUAGAGUAUACCGAUGAUGAUGAGAGCCCAGAGAAAGUUUGCAACUGCUCAGCAAUUCUGCUGGGAGAGGAGGAGGAAAUACAGCAAUCCAAAUUACUGUCCAUCAGCAAAGACUUCCAGAAGAGUACUCAGAUCCCUGAUGAGUAUUAUAUCAAUGCGACCAAAGACUGCAGUAAAUUCAAGACAAGCAGGAAAUAUAUAACAUUCCCAUUAAGCGAGGAAGAAGAGGACUUUCCACUAGCUUACUCUAUGGUUGUCCAUCACAAGGUUCACAACUUUGAGCGACUACUGCGAGCUAUCUAUGCACCUCAAAAUAUUUAUUGUGUCCAUGUGGACAAAAAAUCACCAGCCUCAGUCUUUAUUGCCAUCAACGCCAUUACUUCCUGUUUCCCAAAUGUGUUCAUGGUCAGCAAGGCUGUGAAUGUGGUCUACGCUGGAUGGACACGUGUACAGGCUGAUCUUAACUGCAUGGCUGAUCUCUAUAACACCAGUACGACAUGGAAAUACUUCAUCAACCUCUGUGGUCAGGAUUUCCCUCUAAAAACUAACUUGGAAAUUGUGCAAGCUUUGCGUUCACUAAAAGGAGGUAACAGUAUGGAGUCGGAGGAAAUGCCUCAAGGAAAGAAGGGAAGGGUGACAAAUGUUCACAAAGUAGUAAAUGGACAAAUGCAGCGAACAGGAAAAACAAAGGAUCCAGCUCCCUUCAAUCUGCCCAUACUAUCAGGAAAUGCCUACAUUGUGGUCAACCGAGGUUAUGUUCGCAGUGUUUUGGAAGACAAGCGAAUACAGGCCCUCAUUGAGUGGGCCAAAGACACCUACAGUCCUGAUGAGUUUCUGUGGGCAACAAUACAGCGAAUACCUGGUGUUCCUGGCUCAACGUGGCCCAACCGUAAAUUUGACAUGACAGACAUCAAUGCAAUUGCACGGCUCGUAAAGUGGCAUUGGCACGAGGGGUCAGAGGGUUCUCUGCAAGCAGUAUACCCAGAAUGUAAAGGCCACCAUGUCAGAUCAAUAUGUGUGUAUGGUGCUGGAGACCUGCAGUGGUUGAUUGAACAGCAUCACCUUUUUGCCAAUAAGUUUGAUGCAGACAGAGAUCCCAUUGCUAUCUACUGCUUGGAGAAAUAUCUGAGACACAGGGCACUGAUAGAGUUAGUUUAGGUGGAGAGUUAAUUAUCUAUCAUGAAAGACAAUUCUAAUAGAUAAUAAAACUAUAAACACAUUCUUGGGUAGUGUUGGAUCAUAAUUGUUAUAGAUGUGUUAUAAGUGUUGUGAAGAUUUUCGGCAUUUACAACAGUUUCUGUUUAUGUCCUUUGCUUUAAAUGUGGUGUCAGUGCUUUCCUGAGAUGAGGUUAAAUGGGGUUGGCUGCUCCUAUCUCUGUCGGCUGCUGGCUCCUGGGGGUUGUUAUUGUGAUUUCCCACCCACAUUAUCAAGUACAUUUUGUUACAAAUGCCACCACCUGAUGAAGCUCAUAAAACAACAUCCUCUGCAAAAAGCAGAGAUGAGAUUCUGAGGCCACCAAAGUCUGAAUCUUUCUGUCUGUCAGAUUCCUUGAAGCACAGGCUGAGGAAGAGGUGUGGCACCAAUAUAUCCACUUGAGCUUCUUAAUUAACCAUAAUGCAUCUGAAAGUCUGACGCUAACCAAUACUGAAAAAACAAAGUACAAUACACAUCACAAAUACAUUUCAAAAUGCAGUUUUAAGAUACUUUAUGGUUAUUUUACAAGGACAACAACAUUACGGUGCCAGGAUACGGACUCACGCCUAAUAGUAUAAAUACAACAAAGGAAUU